CGGAUCGCGAGCAAUUCGACUCUCUGUUCUCUUUGGGUAAAUGCGUCGAGCAAUUUCAAAGCUUUUCCAGGAUUAGUGCUCGAGAGGGUUGGGGACUGGCGGAGAAAAAUGCACGGAGGUUCCACGCCGGAGCAGGAGCCGGAGGAUCCGGAAGCCGAGUUCGUGGAGAUCGAUCCCACUGGGCGCUACGGCCGGUAUAAGGAGGUUUUAGGAAAGGGGGCUUUCAAGACCGUCUACAAGGCUUUUGAUGAGGUGGAAGGAAUAGAGGUGGCUUGGAAUCAGGUGAAGGUGGCCGAUUUGCUUCGGAAUGCCGACGACCUGGACCGGUUCCACUCGGAAGUUCACUUGCUCAAGACCCUGAAGCAUAAAAACAUCAUCAAGUUCUUUAACUCAUGGGUCGACACCAAGAAUGAUAAUAUCAACAUCAUCACCGAGGUCUUCAACUCUGGGACAUUGCGUCAGUACAGGAAAAAACAUAAGCAUGUGGAUGUAAGAGCAUUGAAGAAGUGGUCGAGGCAAAUCUUGAGUGGGCUUCACUACCUCCAUAGCCAUGAUCCACCAGUAAUCCACAGAGACCUGAAAUGUGACAACAUUUUCAUAAAUGGGAACCAGGGGGAGGUGAAAAUAGGUGAUCUAGGAUUGGCAGCCAUUCUUUGCCAUGCUCACUCCGCUCAUAGUUGCAUUGGGACACCCGAAUUUAUGGCUCCAGAACUUUAUGAGGAAGAAUAUAAUGAGCUUGUUGAUAUAUAUGCAUUUGGCAUGUGUUUAUUAGAGUUAGUGACAUUUGAGUACCCGUAUGUGGAAUGCACCAAUGCAGCACAAAUAUACAAGAAAGUGACCUCAGGAAUCAAGCCUGCUUCAUUGGCUAAGGUAAAGGAUCCAGGAGUCAAGAGGUUUAUCGAAAAAUGCAUUGCCAAUGUUUCUGAGAGAUUGCCCGCAAGGGAAUUAUUACUAGACUCUUUUCUCCAAGAAGAUGCAGACACUGACAGCAUAGGUUAUUCCCUGAGAUCAUCAUCAAGUCAAUCAGAUAAUGUUGGUCAUUCCAAUGCAAGUACAAUUUAUGGGUAUGACCAACUAGAACCAGCUACAGCUGGUCGAGAUUUCACUGUGGAAGGUCAACGCAAAGACCUCAACACAAUAUUUUUAAAGCUACGGAUUGCGGAUUCAACAGGUCAAAUUCGCAACAUUCAUUUUCCAUUUGAUAUUGAGGCGGACACAUCAGUAAGUGUUGCCACAGAAAUGGUGGCAGAAUUAGACCUUACGGAUCAAGAUGUCACAACGAUUGCUGCAAUGAUAGAUGCUGAGAUACAUGCCUAUGUCCCAGAAUGGAUGUCAGGAGAAGCUUUUGAAUAUCAUAGCAAUUAUGUAACAGUUUCUGAUUGUCAUAGCCAUGAUUCGGAAGCUGAAGAUGAAGUUUCUGCUUUGCCUAAUGAAUUAGACAAUCCAGCUGGCAGUCUUACCCUAGAACGGCUCCCUUCUGGUCGGAAGUAUUGGUCUGAUUCUCCAAAGGCAACUAGUGUAGACUCUCCAGCAUCUCUUGCACACUCAAAUGCAUGUUCUGAGUUGGAAUUGCACGGAAGUGAAGACAUAUCUCUUGAGGUUUAUGAUGAAAAAGGUGAUUCCUUUAAAAAGGAUGGCCAGAGGACAUCCCGGUCAAUUGACCGCUCUUCACCUAAACAACAGAUACGUUCCCCAGGUUCUGGUGAUGGUGGUGACAAUAAUCUGGGAACUGGGUCAUUACUAAUAUCUUAUAAUGCGAGAAACCCAUCCUCCACUAACAGUCUAAACCGAGACCUGGAUGAAUCACCUUCAUGUGCUGGAUUUCAGUUGUGUAACCGUGGAGUCCACUCUGGACAGCUUGAGGGCAGUGAUACCAAACUAAAUGAAACUUUUCUUGCAAAUAAGUCCGAGGAUAUGCAGUUCAUUGUUAAAAAAUUAGAGCGUUUGUUGACUGAGCAGCAGAAGGAACUUGAUGAUCUGCAAAAGAAGCAUAAGGUUGCGAUAGCAGAAAUAUUAAAGAAACUUCCUCCUGAGCAACAUAGUGAAGUUCUAAGGAUAUGCUGCUCAAAAGUCAAUAUUAACAGGAUGCAAAAAUAGAUAUAAUCUAUACAAGCUCCCUGGCCUCAGGUCCCUUCUCACUGUCAGAGGCGUAGCCAGGUCAUAGGAAGCUAUCAUGUAGAUGAUCCUUUAGGACCAUCUUAUGUGCAGACAGUCUUUGACUUUUCCUUACUCCACGUGUGACCACUAGCAUACGAUUGAUUUCUUUUCAUUUUUUUCUUCAGAAAAUGAUAAAGUUUAGUAGAAAGCAUGCGAUUUGAUUGCUUUUAGGGAUUUUUCAUAUUUUAGAUGUGCCUUAAAAUCACCUGAUGCUGGUUCAUCCGCAAUCUUAGAAGAGCUUAUGAAGAGCCAAAGCAAUGGGGUUCUCUGGAGAUUCCGGAACAUGUGCCUGCCUGCCAGGUGUCAUAAAAUGUAUGGCAUAUUAUGGCACAUGUCUAAAUUAUCUCUGCUUGUUGUGGUGCUGCGAUAUUGUCACUGACCGUUGCUGCAAACCCUGUACCCUGAGAAAGUGAUCUACUGUUGCAGUUGGUCUCACUACCUCUUCAUUUUCUGGUAUAACCAACAGUUGAAUGGGAUAACUUGUGUACAUUCAGCUACUAUACAUGUGCUGAUGGUAUCAUCUUGCAUAUUUUAAUAAUUACUUUGUAUUUAUCAUUGAGUGCAACUAACAGUCGUAUCAUGUACAAUUAAAUCCUUUUUAUUUUUUUUGGUUUUAUACCAGUGUAUGUGGUUAAAUCUUUGGCUUGGUUAUGUAUUCAUCCAUGCAUGUUAAAGCUUUAAAUUUGUGUGUCAA